AUGGAUUCCAAACGGAAGAAAUACUCAGUGCCCAAGAAUCGGCAAACACCAAAUUCAAGAACAGAGAUCAUCAUGAGCCUAGCUGAAUUAGUAGCCCAGGAGAGUGAGACAACUGAGACUGAGACACAUGGAGUUCUCGUUCCUCGCCCAUAUGCUGAUUCAGACCCAGAGAGUGAUGCUGACGAAAUUGAAGUAGCUGGUACAGGUGAUUCUGAUAGAGGUAAAAACUUUGAUGAAUCUAUUGCAAAUGAUCUUUUGAAUGAAGUUGAUGAACUUACUGAGAUUCAAAUAGAUGAUUCAGCUCUAGAAAUAUUAGAGACUGUAAGUAGAGAUCACAGUCAAGAAGAAUUUCUGAAUUUAGUGAGUGAUAUCAUCUCAGAUGUAACUGAUGAGACUAUACAGCCUACACAGCCCCCAUUGUUUGAAGAACCGGAUAUACCACAGAAACCAACAAAAUCUCCAGCCAAAGUCACUAAAUCAAGCUUCCACCGUCAACGACCUAAAUCCAAACCCAAAACCCAAUAUGACUGGAGAAAAGAGGAAUUUUUUUUCCCAGUAGACAUUCAAGAAGAUAUUUUCAUCCCCUCAGUUUUAGAAAAAACUCCAUAUGAUUAUUUCAAGAUGUUUUUUGACAAUGAUCUGAUCAAUCUUAUUGUGGACAACUCCAAUUUAUACUCUGUGCAAAUGACUGGUAAGAGUAUAUCAGUAACCAAAGAAGACAUUUCUGAUUUUCUAGCAAUAGAAUUACUUGUUGGUGUUGUUCAAAUGCCUGCCUAUACAGACUACUGGUCACAAAGUCUGAGGUAUGAAAAAAUAGCAAGUAUUAUGCCUCUCAAAAGAUACCAGGCUAUUAGGAGAUAUCUACAUUUUGUGGAUAAUACAGUGCAGAGCAAUGAUAGAUAUUUCAAAAUAAGACCAGUUCUUGAGAGCAUAAGAAAAAAUUGUUUGAGUGUAGAACAAGAACAAAGGUGCUCCAUUGAUGAGAUGAUGAUACCUUACAAGGGAACUCGUGCUGGAUCAAGAAGACAGUAUAUAAAAAAUAAGCCCAAAAAAUGGGGUUUCAAAAUGUUUGUCAGAUGUGGUGUCUCAGGGAUUGUUUAUGAUUUUCUACUAUAUGGAGGUGAAGACACAUUUUCUGGCUUUGUCUUCACUGAAGAAGAGGAAACUCAUGGUCUAGGAGGUAAAGUUGUACAUGCACUCUGCAAAUCAAUCCCAAAUCAGCCUGGAUCUGUUGUAUUUUUUGGCAAUUUCUUUUGUUCUUUGGCUCUGGUUACUUAUCUGAGGUAUGAAAAAGGUAUCCUAUCCUUGGGUACUUUGAGAGCCAAUCGACUCGGCCACUCUCCAUUAUCAGAUGACAAAUCAUUGCAAAAGAAGGGACGUGGAGCAUUUGAGCAAAUUGUGGACAAUGAUAGGAGGAUUGUUGUUGUAAAAUGGAUUGACAACAAGCCAGUGCUGCUAUGUAGCUCUUUUGUGGAUGCAUAUCCAAUUAGCAGUACAAAAAGAUUUCAGAAGUCUAAAAAACAGGAGUCAACACAGGCGGAAACCUCAAGCACCAAAACAAGCAGUAAAAUUGAUGUGACUUGUCCCAAUAUUGUGAAACAAUACAAUGCGCACAUGGGAGGGGUUGACUUGGCAGAUAUGCUGGUUGCUCUCUAUAGAACAGGCUUCAAAACGCACAGGUGGUAUCUAGCCAUUUUUUCACAACUGUUGGACAUAAGUGUCAAUAAUGGCUGGUUAUUAUACAGACGAGAUUGUGGUGUGAAUGGAGAAAAUAGUUCUCAAAAGUUGAAAGAGUUCAGACUGUCAGUGGCUAAUGCAUUACUGCUGAGAAAUAGAAAACGAGGAAGGCCUUCAUCCAGUGAAGUACAAAAACAUGAAAAUAAAAUAAUAAGAAAAACUGUGACCCCAAUGCCAGCUAAUGAGAUAAGACAUGAUUCAGUUGGACACUUUCCAGUAUUUGUUUCCAAGGGCCGAUGCAGGAAUUGUACUAAGGGGCAAACUACUAUAAAAUGUGUCAAGUGUGAUUCACGGCUCUGCCUUGUUGAGAAGAGGAACUGUUUCAGUAAUUUCCACACAAAGUGA